AUGGCGAAGGAGGUUCAGAAUUUAUUGUCCAUUUAUCGCCGGCUUGUAUAUGUUUUACUAUUUAUUUCCUUGGUUCAUACUCAAAACAUUGUCGUUUUCCAGCCGUCCUUUCUCACGACAACUGGACCCGCAGUCAGCGCGUUUCUGCUGGGAAACAGCUCGGACGUCUCUCUGGCUCUGAGGACCGUUUCUCCGUCCAACACGACAGGAGGUAUUGGUUCUCCAUCAUGUGUAGGUGAGGCAACACGGUGGCUGCUCACAAGGGAGCAGCUGGGGAAGACUGCAGUUCACGUUCAGCUGAGACUGAAUCACAGUCUGCGUUUAUGUGGUGAGAACGAUACAAACGCUGACUGCUGCCCAAAGCCCCUGUGUGUCCUGGAAACCCUUCAGGUGUCUGCCUGUAAGGACGCUACGGCCCAGACUUCACUGCUGAUCCAGGCCAGGAUACACGCCCUGUUGGUUGUUGCUAACGGUGGAUCUGAAAAUAAAACAGCCAUUCCAAACCAAGUGUACCAGCCGCUGGGCUCCUGCCCCUGUGACUUGAUGUUCAGAGUGUGUGACGUACGCUGCUGCUGUGACCAGGACUGUUCCAGUGAAGAUUUGAAGCUGUUCUUGUCAGACUGUCUGCCGGGGCCCUUUGGUGGACACGUGUCUCCUGCUCCAGAUUAUCAGUGUUCUGUUCAGUCGUCUGAAAACUCCCCGGAUUGGUUUCCGUUCUUAUGUGUCAACUCUCCCCCUGAAAACAACCCUUACCUCGGCCUCUUUUACCAAGGAUACACAAUUGCAUCAAAUCCUGGCCCGUCCUUCCAGAGGCCUGUUUUGUCGGCCCCAGUGCCAGUUAAUGGUUAUAUUCAAGGAAGUCCAAUUUUCACUCCAAGUGACCAGUACUUCACUGUCCCCCAGAAAGUCUUUGGGCGAUGUGUAAACGGUGCUCCUGUAGCUUUUUUGAAAAAUUUCGAAGUCGAGUGUGCAUCUCUGCUACGCUCCUGUCCGACUGAAUCUCCUUUACUGACACUACCGACAGAUUUGAGCGUUAGAGUGAAGAAUGGGCUAGGGGGUGAUGUCAUGGUGGAUGUGGAGGAUGAAGUGGCCGCUGACUUGAGUCCGUUCAUUUCCAAAAAAGACACAGCUGAAGAUGAGAGGCUGCUAUGUGAAAAUGUGACCUUAGUCCUGGAUUACAGGUUCUACUGGAAAGGAAACGGCAUCACAGGCGUCACACUGACACGCACUGUUGGAACAUUUGCUUUUAAUGAUAGCGUGAUGUUAACAACAAGGUAUUCUGCCGUGUUCCUAAAUGGAGAAUUCAUGGGUGAGCCUAACUCAGGGAACCCAGGUUAUCAGGUGGGAAGGCCUGUUAUUGCUGGAAUUGAGGACAUUUCUGACAAUAGUACAGGUUUAAUACAGAGAUCAUCAAUCAAUCUUUGGAGACCAGUGAGCGAUGGACUCUGUUCUACUGCUGAGAAGAAACCAAUUCUUUUUGGGGAGAAUUCAACGUCAGGAUGUUUGCUCCCUGUCAGCCGCCAGAAUCUGACUGAAUGUAACGUCCUCAGAGAGACAGUUGCUGCUCUACAGGAUGCUUUGACUGCAGCCACAUUUGUGGCAAAGAGUGGAAACCCGGACUUUUCUACUCUGACAGACUGGCUGAACAUAAGCUUUGUGACACUGAACUCAAGUGCACCUGUAGAAGACAACACGAGUACAUGCCAUGGAAUCCCAUCCUAUCAGCACGUCCAUGUUUGGAGUCUUGUCACCAGCACGGUAGAGGGAAUACCUCAGCGAGAAAUCCGUGCUGUGGAAGUCAGCUAUGGUUUGUCUACCUGGGCCCUGGACUGUGGAGGAGGUGUUGUGUCUUCAUGUGUUGAUCCAGAGGAGAUUCAGUUGUUUCCCAUCACCUCCUCUGUCACUUUUACCGACAUUCCUAUCAACACAGGACCACCGACAACCAGGUUUCAGAUCAACUUCACCGAAUAUGACUGUGACAGGAAUGACGUGUGUUGGCCUGAGCUCGCAUUUCCCAUCACUAGGUAUUACACAGGUGAGCCAUAUUCUCAGUCACUGGCAAAGGUGAUUUUGGUUUUCUUCUUCAUCACUGCCUCAAUUCUUGGAACUCCGUGGAGACAAAUCAGACAGGUGUGGAGCGGUGCUGUGCGUUAACACUCCGAAAACUGACAAAAUGCACUGAAAAAGAUCAAGAAAGACGCACGUGGACAAUGGAGGAGUAAAAUGGUGAUGUAUUUAAAAGUCACUGAAUUGUAAUUUUGUUGUUUUUCAUCAGACAUGUUAUGUAAUAAUAUAGUUUUUACAUGUUUAUGAUUGUGGGGAUGUAAAUGCUUGUUUUUGAGCAUCAUUUUGCAAUAAAAUUAUUUUUUACAUUACUUUCCCAGACUGUGCUUUUGAUCACAGCACUCUUUUAGAAUGUUUAAAAAGGUUUCUGGGUCAUAAUUUAUUCAAGUUUUAGAUGUUUUCACAAAGGGUCGUCAUCCAGCGGUGCAAUAUUGUUUCAGUGUCAUGCAGAAAACAAACAACAACAACACACGAUACUGAACUGCUGCUCCUUAUAAAUCUAGACCUCUCUUUUGUGUCUGACCUCCAACAGUGGAAAUUAAUAAAGCGCAUUAGCUCAAGUACUAUAUGAAAGUAUAUUUUGAGGUACUUGUAUGCUUUCUU